CAAAUAAGUAUUCAAAAUAUUAUGCUAUUUUAUACAGAAUUUGUAAUACAGACUGUUAUACAUAGUGAUUGCACUGAAGUGGAUUAUUUUAACAAUAAAAUGAUAAUGUGACUCUUGGAAAAUGGUAUCGAUGAAUUUGAUCUGGUAAUAUUAUGUUCGUAAGAAAAGUCCUUGACUGGCUUUUGCCUCAGAGCGAAGAUGAGGAUGAUUUUGAAACUGAAAGUGUAGAAGUUACGUCUUAUUACGAAGCGUUGAAAAGUCCUGAUAAAACGGCACAUGCAGACGAGGAAGACAUCGCCAGCUUGUCCAGUCUGGAUGCAAAAACAAGUGUGCUAAAUUUUGCUUUAGUUCCGGAUAUAAGUCCUACUGAAUAUGACGAGAAUAACAGCGGAAAGCAGGAUAAGAUAGAAACUUAUUCAGUUGAAGAAAUUCGGACAGGAGAGAAAGGAUUGUUAUGUUUAACAUAUACUGAAAAUGAAGAGACUCGUCCAUCUGAGCUCUCGCUCUCCAUAUCAGCUAUAAAUGUAAGUAAUGCAAAGGAGAACACUCAAGAUUCAAAUACAUCUUUUAAGAAUACUUCCGUGGUUGAUAUUUCAUCUGUAGACGAUUCUGAACCAUCGCAUUUGUGCAAGAAGGCUGCAGAAUAUGCCUGUUGUAAUGUUUUAGAAGAAAAAAAGCCUACUAAAGAUAUAUACACCCAGACUGAACCCAGAUUAGAUAAACGGCGUUUUGGUCUCAGUCGAAGAUCUGUGAUAAAAUGUUCUGCUGAGCGAGAGUGUGAGUCAUUGUAUAAUAAGAAACAGCGUCCAUAUUCUGUGCAAGCUGCAUCGUCAUGUGAUGGAUACUCUUUUCCGUUAAAAGAAUUCACCAUGAGAAAAAAUACAUAUUCUGGUGAUACGGUGUACGGUGAGCUUCUUGUUUUAGGUUGUAAUGGAGCCGUACCUAAUCAUCUUGUGGGUCAUAUGGAAAGCAAGUUCGUUUUGCAUAAGAGACUUUCUGCUAAUGGACUGAAAGAAGCAUCAUCUUUCAUAAGUAAUCAGAAAUAUCCAAAUGAACGUAGUCCUGUCAGACAUGCAAUUUCAUAUUCAAUAUCUGAAAAUAGAUAUGUGGUUGUCGAAUACAGCGCUGACAAGCAAACAGACAUGUUCCAGAUUGGACGUUAUGAUAAACAUCCUGUAGAUUUCCGAGUUUUAGAUAUUAAUGAAAGUGAUAGAGCUAGAAACGGAGUGUCCCGAUUUGCAUGUCGUAUUGUGAUAAAGAGAUAUGGAAAUCAUGAAGCUAGAGUAUAUGCAGCAGCAUUUGAUGCUACCGGAGGUAUAUUUCUUGGUGAAAAUGCACUUCUGUGUGGUAAUGAAAAAACGAUGGAUGGUUUUACAACCAAUGGUGUUCUGAUUAUGCAUCCUAAGGAAGGGUUUUCCAGCUCGGGUGUUUGGAGAGAAGUUUCCGUUUGUGGACAUAUCUAUGCAAUUGUAAAUUGUAGAUUUGAUGGCGCAAAGCGGUCUCGGAUUCUUGAGGAGUCUAAUGUUUUAAAAGAUGGAACUUUAAUCGAUCUCUGUGGUGUGACUUUGCUUUGGCGCACACCCGAAGGCCUUAAGAGUACUCCAAGUACAGAAUCUUUAGAAAAUUUUGAAUCUAAUAUCCAGAAGUCAGCUUUAGAAUGUUACUUUCUUUCUAAGUUACCGGAUCGAAAACUAAAGGUGGGAACUGCUGUAAAACAGGCUUUUAUUUUUUUAUCAUGCGGCCAUGUUGUAGGACUUCAUUUUGAUGAAAUACCUUACAAUUUAGAAAGCUGGUCAUGUCCAGUUUGUUGUUGUAUAAGCCCUAUUAGUAAGCUGGAAGUGGGCAGAGAACCAGGUUUUUACAUCGAUCGGAAAUCUCUUACUCAUGCUUUCAGGCCAUGCGGCCAUGUCGUGACAGAUGCGACAGUCCGUUAUUGGUCAUCUAUAAAAAUUCCCGACCGCAGGAUUAUUCAAGAUGGCUUAUGUCCAUUCUGUGGAAAGAAGCUGAAUUAUGUUAGUAAAUAUAUAGAAUUAAUAUUCCCAACAAAAGAAAUGUUGCCACUCGAUUCACGUCUCUGUCUUAGGUGACCACUCUGAUUUGUCGAAUUCACGUUAAUUUUAUGUAGCUUUGUGUUUUACAGUGCUCAUCAAUUAGUUCUGAGCCACGAAGUUUCAAUCACAGUUUCUGAAUGAUUAUUUAAAAAAAUAUUUUCUGUAAUUUCCCCCAUCUUUUAUCCAGAAAGACUUUACAUGUGUUUUGUUUUGCUAUACCAGUGCAUUGGAUAUAUCAGAUCUAAACAAACACUAUAAUAAAAGAAUUGUGA